UCUGAGGGAAGGAGCAAGUAGCUGUUUAUAUGAUGGAGGUGGUUUAGCGAGCGUCCGUGGAGUUUACUCUGACCAUUAAUCACGGGUGAUUCGUGAUUGGAGAAGUAGGCUGGCAUUGGCCAUGGCAACGGGUCAUUUUGCAUCGAGCGGAUGAAGUCCAAAACGUGAUCUGCACGAAGUUUGGCCUUUUUUUAUUGUGAAAGGCCUGGGCGCAGCGGGCACACAGGGACCUGACUCCAGCCGUCAGCAUCAGUACCCUGCCCAUUGCCGUAAGGAAUUCCCGGGAGCAGGGUGCCCAUUGCAGUAAGGGAUUCCCGGGAGCAGGGUGCCCAUUGCAGUGACGGUGCCUAGGCGGCAGAGUGCCCAUUGCAGUGGGGGUCCCAGGGGGUAGGGUACCCAUUGCAAUGAGAGUGUCCUGGGAGCAGGGGACAGGGUGCCUGAGGGAAUAGGUUUUUUUAAUCACACGAGUGCCCUGGAGAUGGAGUGCCCCUUGAUAUGCAUUAAUUGUAAUGAGAUUCCAAGUUUUUCAGAGGAUGUGUGAUGAGGGCAUCCUUUAAUUGCCAUUAAGUGAAGCCAAUUUUCCAGAAAAUGAAACAACUUUUUUUUUUACAUGGGGAAAGUGUAGUACAGGUUCCUGCUGAAUGUGGAUCUAGUAGGAUAUGAUCGACUGAAGUACAUUGAGGAGAGAAAUACACUUGUAUCCUUGAAUCAUGCCAUGCACUUUUGGAAACUGGAGACGAUGGAUCCGGCCUUUGGUGGUAUUCUUGUACCUUGUGGGUGUUGUGGUUGCUGUUCCUCUCUGUGUCUGGGAGCUGCGAAAAUCUGAGGUGGGAACUCACAAUAAAGCAUGGUUCACUGCUGGAAUUUUUGUGUUUAUGACAAUCCCAAUAUCACUUUGGGGUAUCUUGCAGCAUCUAGUGCAUUAUACUCAGCCAGAAUUACAGAAACCAAUAAUAAGGAUCCUAUGGAUGGUACCCAUUUACAGUUUAGACAGUUGGAUAGCCUUGAAGUAUCCUCAUAUUGCAAUAUAUGUUGAUACAUGUCGAGAAUGCUAUGAAGCAUACGUCAUCUAUAACUUCAUGAUCUUCCUAUUGAGCUAUUUGACGUAUCAGCACCCAAAUUUGGUGAUUCUGCUGGAAGCUAAAGAUCAACAGAAACAUCUGCCUCCUCUUUGCUGCUGUCCGUCUUGGCAUAUGGGAGAGGUGUUGCUGUUCAGGUGCAAGCUUGGAGUUUUGCAGUACACUGUUGUUAGACCAUUUACGACCAUAAUUGCAUUAAUCUGUGAACUCGUUGGAGUUUAUGAUGAAGGGAAUUUCAGCUUCAGAAAUGCUUGGACGUACUUGGUCAUAAUUAACAACCUUUCACAAAUAUUUGCCAUGUAUUGCCUUGUGCUGUUUUAUAAAGUGCUGCGAAAUGAAUUGAACCCAAUCCAACCAGUGGGCAAGUUUCUUUGUGUGAAACUGGUUGUAUUUGUAUCCUUCUGGCAAGCUGCUUUGAUUGCUGUACUUGUGAAAGUUGGUAUAAUUUCUGAGAAACAUACAUGGGACUGGGAAAGUGUGGAAGCUGUUGCCACUGGUCUGCAGGAUUUUGUGAUUUGUAUUGAAAUGUUUUUUGCUGCAAUUGGUCAUCAUUAUAGUUUUUCCUACAAGCCAUACGUCCAGGAAGCUGAAGAAGGCUCCUGCUUGGAUUCUUUUUUUGCCAUGUGGGAUAUCUCUGACAUCAGAGCAGACAUAUCGGAGCAAGUACGGAAUGUUGGGAGGACAGUUUUGGGUCGACCAAGGAAAACAAAUAUUGGUGUAGAAGAGGAGCACAAUGAACACACAAGCCUUCUGUCUUCAGCAAGCCAGGACCUGAAUUCUGAUACUCCAUCCCUCCCACCUUCUCCACUGGGACAUUACCAAGGAUUUGGACAAACACAUGCAGUUCUUGCACCCUAUCCUAAAUCUAUUCCAGAAUCAAAUGACUGUCUUGAUGAGUUAGCCAAAGAGAAAGAAACUGAAGACUCCUUAAAUCCGGUGCCUAACAAUUCAGCAUGAAACUGAUUAAGACAUGUGUAUUGUUACUUCAGCUAUUCACCUCCUACGUUCCUUUUGAGGUCAUAUAUUUUCUCUUGCUACCAUAGAUAACCAUACUGAAUAUUAUGGAUGAACUCAAUUUGAAACUUGGAUGAAGUUUAGAAAUCUAAUACUGUAUAUUAAGAAAGAUGACAAGAAAUGAGGAUGAAUACUGAAUAAGUAGAUGCACAAAAUUCUGGAAUUCUUAAAACAAUUUUAAGUAUACAAUCUGCCCAUGAUGCUAACAUAUUGGUCAGAGCAUUACAGGAUCCAUCAAUGUGCAGAACCCUCUGAAAUUACUAGUUAACAAGCAUUGUUAGAAUCUGAAGUGAAUUUUAAUAAUCCUUUGAUACAGUAGCAACCACUAUGCUUUUUUUUAUUCUUUCUUGGGAUGUGGGCAUCACUGGUUAGCUAGCAUCUAUUGCCCAUCUCUAUUGCUCUUGAUUGUGGUGGUGAACUACCUUUUUGAAUUGCUAAAAUGAAAUGAAAGUCACUCUAAUGAGACAGCAGCUUUUGGCUCUCACUAGAGGGAGAUGAUUGGUGUGAUUAUUCUGAGGAUCAUCACAUCUCAGGUGAGGGGCAAGGUUGAGAAGCUGGAUCUUUGGUGAUUUUUGAUGGUGCAGGAAUUGAACCUGUGCUGUUGGCAUCACUCUAUGUCACAAACCAGCUGUCCAAUUAACUGAGGUAUGGUUUAGGGUACACUCUCUCAGUGUUGCUAAGUAGGGAGUUCCAGGAUUUUGACCAUGUGACAGUGAAGUAACAGCAUUACAUUUCCAAGUCAGGAUAGUGUGUAAUCUGGAGAGGAUCAUGCAAGUGUUCCCAUGCUAAUACUGCACCUGUCCUGCUGGAUGGUAGAGAUGGUGGAUUUGGAAGGUGUUCUUUAUAAAUACCAUUCAUUUCUAUUCUACCUUAAAUUGCUUGAGCAUCUGUUAAAACUGACUAAGCAAUAAUCUAUACUUCCUACUUAUCAACUUAAUUGUGUUACCGUUUGCAAAUGAUUUGGUAAUAAAUGAAUCUUGUCAAAGUAAUGCUGGCUAGAAAAUUUGUGAGCACAAUUAAAGGAAACAAAGAAAUAACAAAUAAAAUAAAACAAAGAACUGCAGAUGCUUUAAGAUUUGAACCAAAGCAGAAAUUGCUGCAGAAACUUCAGGAUCACCGAACUUGAAACAUUAACUCCCCUUUCUUUUCUCAUGUUGCCAGACCUGCUGAGUUUCUCCAACAAUUUCUGUUUUUUGCUGAGGAAUAAUAAAUGUCAGGAAUGUUGCACAACAAGUGAGUAGGGUGGAGCAUGGCAACUGGGGUAGGUAAAGAUCAGUCUCUUGUUUUUAAAAAAGGAAAAUUUCAUUUUUUCCUGUACCAAGUAGUUACACUUUUAACCAUUUUUUACUGUAAUUCAACCUGAAUUGUAAUACAUUAAGAAACUUGGGCUGGCUAAUCUGGAAAUACAGGGCAGUAGGGUAGAUGGGGUGGUAGAAACACUAUACUGUGUAUUUAACAAGCAGGAAUUUAAAAAAAAUUUUUUUUGGGUUUCUUGGCUAACUUAUCUACAAGAUUUCAAAUUUAAUAUGACAGGCUUGAAUAAACUCCAGAAACGUUACAUCAGUUUAUUUAUAACUCAUGGCAUUGGAAUUGUGUAUAAUGGAAACAUUUAGCUAUGUGUUAACAUAGUACAGGACAAAAAUAUUUUUGAUUUCAUAGUGGCCCACAUUGGCAGUAUAAUUGCUGGCAAAUUCUAAGGAAAAAAGGGCAGAAUGCCUGUGUUGAAGCUGAUAAAACAAUUAAAAGAUUUUCUUCCCCAUAUUUUGAGAUGCUUUUGAGAGUUGUGCAUCAUACUUGAAGAUCAAUUUGUAACCACUGUAGACUGGAUCAGAGCAAUGUAGCUUAUUUGCCAUCCACUCCGUGUUUCCAUCCUUUCAAAAGGCUAAACAGAUGUCAAAUCUGACUUCUGGAAAGAACAGUAGUCUGAGUUUUAGAAUUAGUCUUAGUGCUGCUGUGCUACUGGGAUGCUAAAGAAAUCGGAGUUGUAUUUAAUGCAGAGCUAUACAAUUUAUAAUCCACAUUUUAGGGAUAGGCAAUGAUGACCUUACCAGUGAUGUAUACAUCUCGUGGAUGAAUUAAGAAAAUUCCUCUGCUAAUGUUAAUUUCUCUUUGAAAAGAUCACUUUUUAUACCACUAUUUCUACUGGUAGCACACUGACAUUUCAGGUGAAAGGCUGUGGUGUAAAGCUCCUCCUUGUGAAUCCUGAGAACACAACCUUGGUGUACGCUUCACUCUAGUAAUGAGGAAGUAUUGCAUUACCAUUAAACCCAAUUCCCUGCUAUCCUUUUGGGCGAUGUAAAAGCUCCUGUGACGCUUCCUACAAAAGCCAUUUGUCAAAUAUAGUGGUAUGAAAAAUCACUUUUUAAAGAGUUGUUUGAAAAAUUGUACAUGAAAACAAAGCAUUUGUUACAUUUUGAAUAGUCCAAAAUGUAUUCUCGAUAAGACCCAACUCCAAACAGUAAUUACAGCAGUGUGCAGCUCCUACUUUAGUGGCUUAUUGUUUCAAAACAGCAAUUUUGUGACAUAAGCAGCUUGGAUCCAUUUCCUGCUGUUAAGCAAAUUACUGAAAACAAAUCUGUGGCUCGGGCAUCUUUAAAAUUAAAAUUUGUUGUCUGAGUACAGACAAUGUUAAUUUGUCACUUGUACAUUUAUAAAGCUCCUUUUGGACUGUUGCCUAUCCAAAAUUAUUGCUAUUUUAAUAUGAGCCACCUAAGUUCCAAAAAUUAUCAGAAGUGUUAUAAUGCUGGGUUGCUAAUGAAAUUUAACUAAUUGGAGGUUUUACACUAAUUAUAGUGUGAAUUGGAAGUGUACCUAUAUUCUGAAACAGUUGUGCAUUAUCAGUAAGAUUUAUUCAUGUCCAGAAAUUAAAAUGGAAUUAUGAUGACAAAUAUUAAAUGGUAAGGCUCCUAGCAAGUUGAUUAAAUAAAUGGCCUUAUGUAAAUCAAACUCACCUGCACUAAAAUGGUUAUCUGUACAAUAUGUAUUGAACAUACUAUUCAGAAAUGAAUAGGAAAUUUUGAAUUUGCUUCUUAAACUGUAACAUAGCAGUUUAAACUUGGAAGAAAAGCUACCAAUUGCUUAAUAAAUAUGGAUCAUGUGAAACUUGA